AGGAGCGGGGGCACGCGCAAAGAUGACGGGCAAAUCUGUGAAAGACGUGGACAGGUAUCAGGCUGUCCUCAACUCCUUACUGGCUCUGGAGGAGAACAAAUACUGCGCUGACUGCGAAGCCAAAGGUCCGAGAUGGGCCUCCUGGAAUUUGGGCAUUUUCAUCUGUAUUCGCUGUGCUGGAAUCCACCGAAACCUGGGGGUUCACAUCUCCAGGGUCAAGUCUGUCAACCUGGACCAGUGGACACAAGAGCAGGUCCAGUGCGUUCAAGAGAUGGGAAACGCCAAGGCCAAACGUCUCUACGAGGCUUUCUUACCUGAGUGCUUCCAGCGUCCUGAGACAGACCAGUCUGCAGAGAUCUUCAUCAGGGACAAGUAUGACAAGAAGAAGUACAUGGAUAAGGUCAUUGACAUCCAGAUGCUCAGGAAAGAAAAGAGCUGUGACAACAUACCCAAAGAACCAGUGGUUUUUGAGAAGAUGAAACUGAAAAAAGACAUCAGCCCAAAGAAGGAGACCCAGUGUGUAACAGACCUGCUUGGAUUAGAUGCUCCUGCACUGAAUCCUGCGGUGGCUAACGGUCCAGGAUGUGUUCAAGAUGCUAAGGAAAGUCCAGCGGUGUCCAAUCCACCUUUGACUCACCCCACCCUGGAUCUCUUCAGCUCUUUGCCAACCCCUUCACUGGCUUCCUCCACUAAAACAAUGCCUGGUUCAAUGCCUCAGAGUAGAGUGACGGCUUCAGUGCCGGAGAAUCUCAGUCUGUUCUUGGACCCAGCACCCAAAGUUGAGGAAGGCUCAGUUAAGAAACUGUCCAAGGACUCGAUACUCUCACUGUAUGCCUCCUCUCCCUCGGUGCACACCAGUGGUAUGGCUGCUCAUGCAGGUUUGUACAUGAACCAAAUGGGUUACCCCACACACCCCUAUGGUUCCUACCAUUCCCUGGCCCAAGCAGGCGGAAUGGGUGGAGCCAUGAUGACAUCACAGAUGGCCAUGAUGGGACAGCAACAGAACAGCAUGAUGGGACUUCAGCAAAACAGCAUGAUGGGACAGCACAAUGGAUUAAUAGGCACCCAGGGUGUCAUCAGUCAGCCUGGCAGCAUUUUGACAUCACCUUACAUGUCUCAAGGCAUGAUGGGACAGCAGCAAAAUGGCAUGAUGGGACAGCAGCAGAGUGGAAUGAUGGGGCAGCAGCAGAGCGGAAUGAUGGGGCAGCAGCAGAGCGGAAUGAUGGGGCAGCGGCAGAGUGGAUUGAUGGGACAGCAGCAGAGUGGAAUGAUGGGACAGCAUCAGGUUGGCGGUUUGGCAUCUUUACCUCAACAACAGCUAUACGGAACACAACAAGCCCAGCAGCUACAGUGGAACAUCGCUCAGAUGACUCAACAUAUGGCCGGGAUGAAUCUGUACAACACCAAUGGCAUGAUGGGAUAUGGCGGUCAACACAUGGGAGGGUCGGCAAACCCGAGCUCAGCACACAUGACUGCACACUUCUGGAAAUGAUCUGUGCAAAAAGUGAUGGAACCCACGAGACAGACUGGACACUAAGUCGUAGGACUGUAUGAAUUAGCUGUUUUCCAUUGUGAGAAAGAAGGAGGAUGAAGAAUAAGGUUUAGGAAAUUACUACUACCUCUCUUUCUCCUCUCUGCCCAUGCUUCCUUGUCAUGACUCAUCCAUGGCAAUGUUUUACAGAGUCGUUGUUUGCCUUUAGAACAUUUUUGAUGACUAUAGAGGCAACACGCUUUAGAGAUCACAGGUUCGGACUGCAUGCUUAUCUGUACCAAACCUGUACGUCGUGAGGGGGUUUGCAUGUGAGCAUACCUCCUCUUCGUGAGAGUCCACAAAGUGCAACUCUUAA